UGUAUUCAAGAAAAAUAAUCUCACUAGCGGUAUUUUAGUUUCUAUUAAUUUUAGUAAUUUGUUGACAGGAGUUACCUAGAGAUGGAAAAGGUGUUCAAGAUUUUUGUGUAUGAAGAAGGGGAGCCACCGUUGUUCCACAAUGGUCUAAGCAAAGACAUAUAUGCCACUGAGGGAAGAUUCAUACAUGAAAUGGAAAAGGGGAGGUACUAUCGUACUUAUGAUCCAGAUGAAGCUUUUGUGUAUUAUCUGCCCUUUAGUGUGGUUAUGUUGGUCGAAUAUGUGUAUGAUCGUGGCUCCAAUUAUAACCUAGACCCCCUUGGCCUUGUUGUAAAAGACUACAUACAGAUUAUAGCCCAUAAACAUCCCUUCUGGAAUCGAUCCCUUGGCCAUGAUCAUGUCAUGCUCUCUUGCCACGAUUGGGGUCCGCUUGUAUCUAGUUACGUGGAUCACUUGUACAACAAUGCCAUAAGGGUUCUAUGCAACGCAAAUACAUCUGAAGGAUUCAAGCCUGCAAAGGAUGUCUCAUUUCCUGAGAUUAAACUUAUUAAGGGGGAAGUCAAAGGUCUUGGAGGGUAUCCCCCAUCUCAAAGGACCAUCCUUGCUUUCUUUGCAGGCCACCUGCAUGGCUAUAUAAGAUACCUACUCCUAAGUACAUGGAAAAACAAAGACCAAGAUAUGCAAAUAUAUGAGGAACUUCCUGAGGGAAUCUCUUACUACACAAAGCUUAGAAGCAGCAAGUUUUGUCUGUGUCCAAGUGGUUAUGAAGUAGCUAGUCCCAGAGUAGUGGAAGCAAUAUUUGCAGAAUGUGUGCCAGUUCUGAUUUCUGAUAGCUAUGUUCCACCCUUUAGUGAUGUUUUGAAUUGGAAUUCAUUUUCAGUUCAAGUGAAUGUGAAGGACAUUCCAAAUAUCAAAAGGAUACUCAUGGAAAUUUCAGAAAAGCAGUACUUGAGGAUGCACAAGAGGGUGAAACAAGUGCAACGGCAUUUUGUGCCUAAUGAGCCCCCAAAGAGGUAUGAUAUGUUCCAUAUGACUGUCCAUUCCAUUUGGCUCAGGCGGUUGAAUAUAAAUAUUCAAGAUCAGUAAUAUCAAUCAAUUCCCCCAUACACUUCGCACCUAGCAUUGUACAGUAUCUAGAGGUGUCUCAUAUGUAUUGUGGAGACUGAUGAUGACUAAUACAAUUAGCAGAAUUUGUAGAUCUAGAAAAUUGUAGUGUUCAUAACAGAUUCAUCGUUAUCAAUAUGAUCCAUUGGUUCAUUUGGUUGAUCUGAAUUUUUGAGAAAGAUGGUAGUAACUUGCAAGUACUU